AUGCAACCAGGGAGACACGACAGCGACCUGCCCGGGACCGCAGAGCCGAGCGCCACGGGAGCAGAAAGACGCGAUACAUUUGCCGAAGAAGGAGUGACACACACCGGGAUAGCUGUGGGCGAAUUCACACACGCCUCCACAACACACGGCCACCCCGAGCCCAGCCCCGAAAGCGCCGCUCCCGAGCGGGCCCAAAUCCGCGCCCCGACCCGCCCGGCCCGGCCCGCGCAGCGCCCGCGGACGCGCGAGGGCAGCGCUGUUGGGGGGCGGUUUUUAUUCCCGGCAUGCCGCGGGCGCUGCCUCAUUUGCAUGGGCACGCCCCUGCCUGGCUCACGGCACCGCCUCUGCCUGGACUGGGCGGUUCUGCAGGCGGCGACGCGAGGUCUGUGGCCCCGCCCCCGCCCCGUGGCCCCGCCCCCGUCGAUGCGUCAUCAGCGCAGCUCCCCCCGCCAGCCCCGCCCGCUGCCGCCAUGGCGGGCGCUGCUCCCUCCGGGGGCGGGGCCGCUCCCCCGGUCACGUUUCCCGGCGAGGCGGGGCGGGGACGUGGCAGCCGGUGCUGGCUGCGCGUGUCCCGGGACGCAGCCAAUCAGCGGCGGCGGCGCGCGCACGCGCGCUGGCCCCGCCCCGGCGCCGCCCCAGGCGCUCCGGGUCUCGAUGGCGGCGGCGGGAGCGGCCACGGCCGGCGCCGGUGCCGGGCGGUGGGAAGUGGUGCGCAAGGGCCGGCGGGGCCCCGCGGGCGGCACCGGCAAUCGCCGUGCCCUGGGAGAGGCCAAUGGCGGUCGCGCUCUGCCCCUGCCCGCUCCCAUCGCCACCUCCAGCACCAUCUUCCAGCUGGGCUUCGAGCGGCCGCUGCGGAAGCAGAACAAGGAGCAGGUGCCCCCGGCCGCGGCCCCCGAGCCGCCGCAGCGGAAGCAGCACCCGGGGAAGAGCGGGAAGAAACCCCCGGGGAGCGAGGCUGGAGCCAAACCGGGCAGGUGCCGCUCGCUGGAGGAAGCUCUGAAAGCCCUGGACCUGGCGGAUCUGCAGAAGGAGCUGGAGAAGAGCAAGAGUGUGUUCCCUGAGAAUCCCUCGGUGUGGGUGAAGGACCUGGCUGGGUACCUCAACUACAAGCUGCAAGCGCCCAGGAGUGACCCUGUGCUGAGCCAGCACCCCCACGACUAUCCGUACUGCCUGGUGAGCAAGGAGCUGAGGAGCAUCAUCCGCUCCCUGCUGGGGAAGGCGUCGGGCGUCCUGGAGCUCUUCUUUGACCACUGCAUCUACACCAUGCUGCAGGAGCUGGACAAGGCCUCAGGGGAGUCACUGCACGGGUACAGGAUCUGCAUCCAGGCACUCCUCCUGGACAGGCCCCGCAUUGCCACCACCAACCUGGGCAAGUACCUGGAGGUGUUGCGCUCCCAGCAGAACCGGCCGGCGAAGUGCCUGACUGUCCUCUGGGCGCUGGGGCAGGCUGGGUUCAGUGACCUCCAUGAGGGCCUGAAAGUGUGGCUUGGCGUCAUGCUCCCCGUGCUCGGCAUCAAGUCCCUCUCGCCCUACGCCGUUUCCUACCUGGACCGGCUCCUGAUGAUGCACCCCAACCUCACCAAAGGCUUCGGCAUGAUCGGCCCCAAGGACUUCUUCCCCCUCCUGGACUUCACCUUCAUGCCCAACAACUCGCUGUCCCCCAGCCUGCAGGAGCAGCUGCGGCGCCUCUACCCCCGCCUGAAGGUGCUGGCGUUCGGCGCCCGGCCCGAGGCGGCCCUGCACACCUACUUCCCCUCCUUCCUCUCCCGAGCCACGCCCGCCUGCCCACCUGCCAUGAAGAAGGAGCUUCUGACCUCCAUGAGCCAGUGCCUGAGCCUGGACCCACUGAGCUUCAGCGUCUGGAGGCAGCUCUACACCAAACACCUAGCUCAGUCCAGUUUGCUGCUGAACCACCUCCUGGAGUCCUGGGAGAGCAGCAGCAAGAAGGUGCAUCAGUCACUGCAGGAAACGGUUCGCUCCUUCAAAGUGACAAAUGAGGAGCUGGCAGCCAGGGGGACUGCAGGGGACCAGGACGUGGCUGCCUGUGACACUGCCUGCAAGGAGCUGCUGCACAAGAUGAAGGGCCGGGGCUUCCCCUGGUCACGCCUGCUGCUCGUCCUGCUGGUGUUCGCUGCUGGCUUCUUCCUGCACGACGUGCAGACACACGGCUCCUUCCAGGCCUCAUCUUCUGCUCGGCUGCUCCGCUCCUCGGGCGUCCUGCCCGCCUCCCAGCUGGCCUGGCAGAAGGUGUCCCUUGGCUGCCUGGAGGGGUACAGGUGGCUGGAGCACAGCCUGGCCCACCACGGUUCCGCGGCUCUGUCCGUCCUGUGGCCGCAGCUGGAGCUGCUCUGGAAAGCCAGUGGGGAGAUGGCCCGGGAUGUGUCCCAGCAGUGCUGCUCCCUGCUCUCCUGGCUCCGUGGCAACCUGCCCUGGCUCAGUGACUGGCUCCAGAACCGGCUCCCCGAGGCGCUGCUGCACUUCGCCGAGUGCGUGCGGGAGCUGCUGCUGUUCCUGCUGCGGAGCUGCCUGCUGCCCCUGCUGCAGGGCCUGGCUGCAGUGCUGCAGCGGGGCUGGCAGAGCUGCCUCGACUCCUGCAAUGGGGAUGUGACGUGGGAGUGCGUGAGGGACCACUUGAUGAGCUUCACCUAUUCCUUGUGGAUUUACCUGCAAAAUGCAACCCUGGCCCUGAAAAACUGGGCCCUGGCCAUGAUUUCUGGACACUGAGCCACUCUCUGGAGGUCACACCGUGUCCCAGUGUUCUAGCUGCCGAGGAAUAUCCGGAGUGCAGCAGGACGCGGGACAGAGGCGUCAAGGGCAAUGCCCACAGGAACUUUGGGUCAAAUCGGGGCUUUUGGGGAGGUUUAUUUUUCUGAGGGGCCGGGGAGACACACGUCCAGGUUUUUCCACACUCGGUGACUGGUUUGGUUUUCCCUGUCUCACUGUCCCUGGGUGGGUGAUCCCCAUCCCCUUGUGGUUUGCCUGUUUACAGGAUCGGGGGUGGACACCUGGAGCCCCUCACCUUCCCACCCCUUCCCACCAAUGAAUGAACUGAUUUAUUUUAUUAUUUUUUCCUUACAAUUGC